AUAAUAUCGUUUAAGACAUGUUGCAUGAGGAAAUGUUAACAUACCAUUAAUUACAGUGUCAUAUUAAUUCUCUGUGCUGUGUUAAAGACCAGUUCAGCUACUUUUGCUGCAGACAUGUUGAGAUUCUUCUUCUUUCUGAGAAAACAUGCAGUAGUGCUUUAAUUUAGCAGCCAUUGUCUGGUCUUUAGCCCUUUUGUGUUUUGAAUUAGUUGUUUCAGUUUGAGUCAGCAGUGCAAGUAGAUUUUUCCCUCUGAUGAAAAAAUACAUAGUGAGGACAUUAGAUGUGUCUUGUACAUGCAUGUUUUGCUGCUCAUAUUGGUGCUUACUGUUUCAUAGCAGUGCUUUUAGAUAACUGUUUUUUUUUUUUUCACCAGCCUUUGGACAGCCUUUUGGAGAGCCUCUGGAUUGCCCUUGGACAUCCUUUGGUCAACCACCUCUGCAUCACCUCUGCAUCACCUCGUAUCCUUUCAUCCAUCCAUCCAUCCAUCCAUCCAUCCAUUUUGUGUGGCUUGUUCUCUCUCUCUCUCUCUCUCUCUCUCUUUGUCUCUCUCUCUCCCUGUGUUUGUGUGUCUCUCUUGUGCUCUUGUGCUGUCUUCCAGGAUGCCUAGGAAGGGGAGACGCUCCCAGGCCCAGAAGCAGCGCUGGAGGAAGCUGGACGCGUCUGAGAUGCCCACCCCUCCUGUCGACGCACCCCACUGCUCACGCUCUCCCCAGUACAAGAAGGUUGGUUCCACCCUGCCGGCCGGACGGUUCUGGGAAGAGCGGCAGGCGCAUGCAAACUUUAUUGCAUGCCGUGGCACCGGUUACCGCCACAAGGUGAAAAAAUGGCCAACUUCACCCUUUACUGGGCGCAACCACAAGUUGGUCAUUCCUCCUGAGCUCCCUGGAAAGAAGUUCAUUCUUCUUGUCGGGGACUCCCAUCUACGUGCUCUUGUAGAUGGCUUUAUUCGGAUGCCAGAGUCUCGGCUGAGCUUUGGCUUCCUGUCGACUCCGGGGGCCUCUGCUGCGGAAAUUCGCACUGAGGUUCUGCACGCUGCAGUUCCUCGUGCACCUGAUGCCGUCUGCGUCAUGGCCCCUGGCAACAACCUGACCAGCACCACUGUGGAGAGGGCAGGGGUGGAUUUUGCCAAUCUCCUCACCACUUGUGGGAACCGCUGGUCCAAGGUUUUUGUGGUCGACUUUCCUCCCCGCCUGGUCGUUGACGUCCAACACCAGGACCUGCUUCGGCAGGAAUACCAUCGUGUGGCUGCUCGUAUGGGUGUGAAGUUCUUCAACGCUGUGGAGCACUUCCCCCUGAGCAAUUUGGUGCUGUGGAGCAAGGAUGGUGUCCAUCUGAGUGAUCGUGAGGGGAUGGGGAUCCUCGUCCAGUUGUUCUGGUCCGCUGCCAACGAGCAACUGGGGACACCACUUCCUUCGCCCCGGAUCCCUCCUCAACCUCCAGUUCGGAAAGCUACACCCGAAUUGGUCGUGAGAGAGAGAUCCCCUGCUCCACCCAGCCCGAAACCCCGUGAGCAGAGGAAAAUGGGUCAGGGCGGCAAGACGAGCCAUCCUCGGGAACCUCCCCGGUCCAGAGGUUCACCAAAGCCCAGGAUGGCUCAACAGCAGGUGGAGGAGAGCUUUCUUCCGCUGAACCCCGUCUGGUUCAGCAGCACAGCCCUAAGUGCCAUGGAGAAAGUGUCUCCCUCCCUGUCUUGCCUGGCGGACUUCAAGGCUUCUCCUAAGCCAAAGAAGGUGGCGUCCCCUGCAGUUCUGCGCGGCUGCCCGCGGAACACUACUCCUUCUUCUGCUUCUUCUCCAGUGAACAAGGAGCCUGGAACGCCUCCAGCUCUGCGUUCCUGGAGAUCAGAGGAGGACGCCCCUUCAGGCUUGACCACCGCAACUCAGGCGGUGGCUGCUCGGGCAGCAGUGAGACUGCCCAGGACCCCGGACGGGCACCCCCCCCACUGCCCAACUGCAGUGCAUGAUCUGUUUGACUCACCCCCGGCCAGAUUGUCCUGCAGUUGGGGCAAGACAGAAACCCCUCUCUGUUCUCCCAUUGCAAAGAUGGCCAAGAUGAUGACCCCCUCACCAGAUGGACAGGCCCGGACAGCUGAUGAUGCGGGCUGCAAGCCUCCUUCUCCUGAGAAGAUGACCCGAACACCGACUCCAUCACAAGCCCAGUGGCCCUGGUUCAUGACAGCUCCAUCCACAUCAGCUGAUACACCAACAGACAAGGAUAAAACCAGGAGCGAGAGUCGCCGUGUGGAGUCAGUCCGGGCCAGUCAUUCUCAGAAUGAUAGGAGGUCUGAGGGGGUCCAGAAGGUGCAGUGGCGAGAUCGGACGUCCUCCCAGAAGUCCCCUCCUCUCGGACGCCCAGUCCCUUUGGAAGUCCUCAACAGCCUCCCCAUAGGCAUGUCUCAGAAUUUGGACUUGGCUUCCUGUGGUCCAGGGAGCGGGGUGUGUAGUGUGCAGUGUCGGCCGACGGCCUGUAUAGGUCCGGUAACGGCUGCAGCUCCACAUCUGCUUCCACUGCCUGCUACGACGGGACAUGCCUCAGACAACACAGAAGACCACCAGAAGGCUGGAGAAAAUGGGACUUCAAAUGAAUGUUGUAAAUAAAUGUUAAAAUAAAAAAUGUAUACAUAUAUGAAAAUA